GGGAGCCGCCAGUCCGGCUGCAGUGGGGCCGGCCGGGCGCGGCGCUGCCUCCUCGGCCGCGCGAGCAUGAAGGAGGCGGCCUGAGGGCCGGAGCCGAGCUGGGGCUGGAGCGCGGGGUCUGACCUACCGUAAACAUGGCAACCAGUGCCGUCCCCAGUGACAACCUCCCCACGUACAAGCUGGUGGUGGUGGGAGAUGGGGGUGUGGGCAAGAGUGCCCUCACCAUCCAGUUUUUCCAGAAGAUUUUUGUGCCUGACUACGACCCCACCAUCGAAGACUCCUACCUGAAACACACAGAGAUUGACAAUCAAUGGGCCAUCCUGGACGUUCUGGACACAGCCGGGCAGGAGGAGUUCAGCGCCAUGCGGGAGCAGUAUAUGCGCACGGGGGACGGCUUCCUCAUCGUCUACUCAGUCACGGACAAGGCCAGCUUCGAGCACGUGGACCGCUUCCACCAGCUCAUCCUGCGCGUCAAGGACAGAGAGUCCUUUCCGAUGAUCCUCGUGGCCAACAAGGUCGAUCUGAUGCAUUUGAGGAAAAUCACCAGGGAGCAAGGAAAAGAAAUGGCGACCAAACACAAUAUUCCGUACAUAGAAACCAGUGCCAAGGACCCACCUCUCAACGUCGACAAAGCCUUCCAUGACCUGGUUAGGGUAAUUAGGCAACAGAUUCCAGAAAAGAGCCAGAAGAAGAAGAAGAAAACCAAAUGGCGGGGCGACCGGGCCACCGGCACCCACAAACUGCAGUGCGUGAUAUUGUGACGGGCCUGAGGCCCUGGCCACGGUGACCGCGAACUGGCUGGCCCUCGGGGCCCUCCACUGCCUAACCGCGCUGAAAACCAUUUCUAACCACGACCCUCGGCCCAAGGACCUGGCUCAGGAAGGAAGGAA